AUGUAUCUCAUGAUGCCUUUGGCUUUCAUCGUGCUCAAUCGCUUCCCUCGUCUUCGGAAGUGGUGCGGCCCUCUCGGUCUCGCCAUCACCAUUAUCAGCUUGACCUCUUCUGCAUUUGUCAGUAAUGUUGCUGGACUCAUCGCAACACAGGGUGUUUUGUACGCUGCUGGAUGCAGCUUACUAUUCAGUCCAAUCUCGCUCUAUAUGGACGAGUGGUUUGUUGAGCGCAAAGGAUUUGCAUACGGAGUUAUGUGGGCUGGGAAGUCCAGUGUUGGCGUCGCCAUGCCAUUUCUAUUCAACAUCUUGCUUCAAAGAUUUGGACUCAAGGCAACACUUCUGUCAUGGACGGUUGCAUCAGCUGCCAUGACUUUACCUACACUCUUUUUUCUGAAGCCUCGAGUUGAGGUCAGCCGAGACUCACGACCAUGCCCCAUCAGCUUUGCGUUUAUGGGACUGGCCUCAUUCUGGAUGCUACAGUUUGGCAUUGUUGUUCAAUCACUGGGAUAUCUGAUGCCGAGCACUUAUUUAGCGAGCUACGCCAAUGCAAUUGGUCUCUCAUCGGUCACUGGGCCAAUCUUGCUGGCACUCUUUUCGCUUGCUUCUGUGCCUGGAUCUCUUAUUCACGGCAUGCUAGGUGACAAGGUCUCUUCUGCGAAAGUCAUUCUUGUCUCCUCAUUAGGAAGCGCACUCCCAGUGUUUCUAUUAUGGGGCCUCAAUCGUCACAUCAGCACCAUGGUGGUGUUUGUGAUUCUUUAUGGCUUCUUCGCAGGGGGCUUCAGCGCAACAUGGUCAGGGGCUCUACAGGAAGUCAAGGGAGACAACGAAUUCAUUGAUACAUCUUUGGUGUUCGGUAUGCUGCUCGGGGGUCGUGGACUGGGAUUUGUCGUUGCAGGGCCUCUGAGCGGUGCGCUAAUCUCGGCUGGGAACUCGCUGGCAAGCGGUGACAGUCUUGGUUAUGCGACUAAGUAUGGUCCGAUGAUCAUUUGCACUGGUGUUACAGCAAUUCUGGGAGCAUGGGCACCUAUCUGCAAAAUCGUCAAGUCGAUUGGGAUGGAGGGGGUUGCCAGCUGUGUAAGGGUAGCUUGA